GGAGGCCGGAGAACACGUUGAGGAUCCCGACCAAGGAGCUGAUCAGCGGCAUUCUUGGGCUAUGCUGGGCCGCUGAGUUAGCGUCGCCGUUCUCAGUCGUCGGAGUUAUUAAAUCGCGACGCACCGGACACAAAAGUCGACAGGCGGCCUCUUGUUCCUCUUGCGCUCUCGUCUCUCCGUUCUGCGCCUCUGUGGUCACUGUCAUGGCUAUCGAACGCCCGCCGUGCCGCAAUGGCACCUGGUACACACCUGGCAACGCGUCGAGUGACGAGGAGAUCCAGUCCGAUACCUCCUCAGAGCUCGUCGAGAUCCAGUCCGAUGAAUUCCCUCGCUACUUCGUCGAGCGGAAUGGUCGCCUCUUCCAUUCUCAUGGUCCAUCGCCGUAUCCUCUGCCUGUGGAUGCGGACGAGCAGCAUAGACAAAACAGGCAACAUGUCCUGUUGUACAGCCUCAUUGGCGCGCACUACGUAGGCCCAGUCCAAGACGUAUUGCGACCUAUCCGUGGGGUACAGAGGCAAGCAGUAGACUUAGGGACCGGUACUGGGAAGUGGGUUAUGGAUAUGGCAGACCGUUUCUCACAUGUGAGGUUCAGCGGGAUCGACAUAGUGCCGAUCCAAACCAGGCACCCCCUGCCGAAUGUAUGGUUCGAGAUGCACGACCUCGCUGAACCGCUGGGGUACGCGCCUGGCAGCGUCGAUCUGAUCCACGCCCGUGACAUACAGUUGGCGGUCCGUGAUUUCCCCAGGCUUCUGAGCGAAGUAGCGCGUGCGCUGCGUCCCGGCGGAUUAUACAUAUCCGGCGAGUGGUACGGCUAUCCGACCAUGGAGGACGAGUCGUGCCUCAGCGAGCGCGCUCCGCGCACCUGCCGAUUCUUCGACCUGGUGAACCACUACCUGAGGCAGAACGGGAUUGGCUUCGUCGCUGCCAACGUGCCCGAGUGGGUCCGGCGCACGGACGCUUUCUUCAACGUGCAAGUCGAGGAUCUGUAUGUUCCCAUCGGUGCCGGGAACCCCGGAGUGUAUCACGCUGGAGAGAGGCUCAAGACUAAUCUUCGCGUGUUCGCGGCCUCCAUGCAGCUCUGGUUGGUGGAGAGAGGCUACUGCAGCCGCAUGGCCGCUCAGGACCUCACCAAUGGCUUCCUGCUCGAGCUCGACACCAUACAGGGCAUGGAACUGAAGUAUCGAAUUGUCUGUGCGCAGAGGAAGUGAAUGGAACGUCAGGCUAUGUUGUUGCGAUCGAAUGUACCAUUAGUUACCAACCGUUCUUGAUUGGCUUGUAAAUCGUCUGAAUGGAAAUUGAUUUCUUGCGCACGAG